UAAGAGUCUUAAGAAACGUACUAAUUUGAAAUAGCGUGAUAGUUUGACCAAAUAUCGUUUAAUAAUGCCCGAAGAAAAUAAACCCAUAAAAGUUAAAAUUAUUAGCAUGGGAGACGAAGACACGGGGAAGGUAUGUUCUCACUUCUGUUACCAUCCAGACCUGUCUGAUUAAACGGUUUUGUGAGAAACGUUUUGUUUCAAAGUACUUACCAACGAUUGGUAUAGACUAUGGUGUAUUCAGAACCAAGGUAGGAAACAAUGAACUACGCGUUGAUAUAUUUGACAUGUCUGGAAAUCCUUCAUUUUACGAUAUUCGAAAUGAGUUCUAUAAAGAUACAAAUGGUGCUAUUUUGACCUUUGACGUAACAAAUAGAAAAACUUUUGAAAAUCUGAUUCGAUGGGUUCAUGAGUUGCAUUUCGAAUCCGGUGAAGCUAGUUCGGUUUCAUCUCCAGUCAUAAUUCUUUGUGGUAACAAGGUUGAUAAAGCACCAAGAGCAGUGAGUUAUUAUGAAGUAUCUGAAUGGGCAGCAAUACAUCAGUAUCCAUACGUUGAAACAUCCGCACUUAGUGGUCAUGGGGUUACAGAAACUUUUAAUACUUUAUUUGAAAGUAUUAUUAAUCCAGAUAUAUAUCAAACUUAUAUACCGAAUCAUGUUAAUUUUCGUCAAAAUUUAAAUCAUUCUACAUAUCAAGAAAUGAAUUCUAUACAUCAAAAUUCAACAAUGAAUAUUCCAAAAUCAUAUUCAAAAUUGAAUUAUUCAUUUAAACAAUUCAAUAUGUCUUCUUCACCCUCAUCAACUGCUUCAUUUAAAUCAAAUAAAAAUGAACAAUCUAAAACGACACAUGAAAAUCUUUUAGAAAUAAAUCGAAUUAUAAAUGCUAAAAAUAAUUAUGAACGAUUAGGGAUUAGUAUGACAGCUAAUAGCGAAGAAAUUCAAAAAGCAUUUCGUCGUUUAGCCUUUAUUGUACAUCCUGAUAAAAAUAAUACCCCAGGAAGUGAAGAAGCUUUCAAAAUAUUGGUAAAAGCAAAAGAUUCUUUACUUUCAUUAUCAACUGGAUCCAGUUGGUUCAGUCCUAAAGUUUAAUCGUAGCGAAUGUUUUAUUUUCCUCACAAUAAUUUAUUAUUAUUGACAUUUAUAAACUGUGAUACUUCUUGUGAAUUAUAUCCUUUCUAUGAAUUACAUGUAGAUUUGAUUAUUUUAAUAUAAAAUAUUAACUACUUGUAAGUAGAACAAUUUAUUUUGCUAAAUAUUUUCCUCCAUGAUUUAUGUACUUCUAAUGAAUGAAGUCUAUUUGUACACUGAAUAUCAACAAUACUUAUUCGUAGAUUUUCAACUUCAUACCCAUCCAGAGAUUUGUAUUUGCAUUACCAUAUAGGAAUUGUUAUGAUACACCAUACUUUAAAUUACUACUGAUCAUAUCUAAAAUUUCAAUUGUAGGUUACUAAGAAUACUUUUUUGACAUUAGUGAAUUUAUACUGUUAUAUCAAGUGAAUUAACUAAAGAGUAGUUUUGUAGCUAGGUAGAUGGGGUUCAAUUAGCACUUCCUAGACAGUAUGAGGCCAAUUAUUUUCCAUUGAAUGGUGUGAACAGGAUUGUAAGUGUUGGGACAGCUUCCAAGAAUUACGACGGAUCCUCGAAAAACCCUAAAGGAACCGAAGAGUUUCCAUCUAAUCAGAACGUGAUGGGGCUUUCUAGAAUAUCACUUUGGUAUGCUACUAUUGAACGGUCGUAUAACCUGCCUCUUUGUGGAUUGGCUGAAUUAUAAUGUUGAUAUAACAAAUGCUGAUAUCUAUAAAUAUUCAUGAUUUUCUGUAUAUUUUGAUUUUUACCCAACAAGCACUUCUCCAAUCUUC